AAAAACUUCAACUUAAAUUACUUCAUUAUUGAAAAUGUCCCGUAAUAGAGGAUAUCGUGGUGAUGAAUCUGAUAAGGGUCUCCAAGAAAACAGGCGCGACCCGAGGGUGUCCCAGAAACAUGCACAGGAAGUGUUUUACACCGAAGGGAGCCAAGAGUCUAUCCCCAUGCAGCAAAUGUCGCCAGGCGGUCCGCCGCACAUGCAGGAUCCUGGCCUCUCACAAGGACAUAUUCCCCAUCACGGUCAUCCAUACUACCAACCGAAUGACUUUAACGCGCCUGGACACUUCCCUUCACAAAGCAACGUGUCCCAUGGAUAUAGUGUACCCGGUCAAUACGCUCCACAUGACCAAGUGGCACCAGGAUACAACCAUGCACCUCAUACCCAAGUCAUUAUAAGGGACGCGAAUACACCAAUUAUUAGAUACAUAACGCCAUCGAUAGAAUCCAUCAUCGCCAAGAGAGUUCUGACAGUCGCCGUUCUCAUCUUUAACGAAACCCUCAACUGGCUUCAAUACUGCGACUGGAUAGGCACAAUUAAUUUGCCACCCGUGUUUGGGCAUAUUGGAAAGAAGAGUAAAACGGAUGUCGUCGAAUGCAGUGCAGACGCCCCAUUUUUGCCUUCAAUUUAUGGCCUUUUCUGUGGAAUAGCCACCGUGUAUGCGCUAUUACAGAUUAUAAACACCAUUGGCGAAACAGUUCUUGAAUACCAUGCGAGAAAAUCUGGAACAAAAUAUGAAGAUACUGGAUCAUCGCAAAGUCAAUUGCCACAGAAUAGCGCUCAACCAGGUCCUUUGCCUCAAGAUAGAAGCCAAAAUCAACCGGAAACAAACGACGAGGAUCCUGAGAGACAGGGUGAAGAGGAACAGAAAUCAAUAAAGCAGCGUUGCUUCAGUAUUUUCUACGGUUUUCAACUUCUACACGGAUGGGUUGAAACGGUUGCCGCAAUGGUUGUGGAAGAUCUCCCGCAACUCAUCGUUAUGGCUGUAUCCAGCUACUACUGUACCGUCAACUUAGAAAACGCUGUAUUUCUCCUCAUUUGGAUGGUCGUAAAGGAAUUAAAAAACUCUUUCAGGAAGGCUUUCUGCAAACACAAGUACACAGCCACACAAUGCUCGUGUGACUGUGGUGACUGCUUUAAAGGAUGUUGUACCUACACGUGUCCGCUACCUUGUUGUUGUCUGGUGUGUGUCUGCAGGCUGUGUCCUGGGGCCGAGGAACAGUGCUGUGAGAUGAGGCCGGUCAAAAUCUGCCCUGAUUGUAAAUUUGACUGUUGCAGUGGUCCAAGCAUCUGUGAUGGCCUCUGCAAUGCCUGUGGUCCCAAGGACGAAGAUCCAGAAUGGGCGACAGAUUUGCUAAAGAAGCUUGAGUCGCUUGCUGGUGUUGUAUUUUUUGUUAUUGUUGUUUUUCAAAUACUUGGACUUACUGGAACAUUUCAUGCUUCCAUUUAGAAGGUUUUCUUUCAACAGAAAUUUUCAUUAACGAAGCAGUUUACAGGAUAUUUCAUUAAGUAAGCUGCUCACGUGCUGUCUUGUUGGUACUCGGAUUAUAUUAUUCAAAACAACUGGUUUUAUUUGCGCAAGCUUGGUUUGUUUUAAUAUUUGUGUAUUUUGAAUUUUUUUCUUCUCUGAAGGACGCAUUUGCACGCAUGUCCAGUGUGUGCUUUUUCAUCUCUG